AAGUACUCAACUUUUUCUUCAUUCUCACGCAGCUAAACGCAGAGUUAGAACAUCCGAUUAGUACCAGAAAGAGAAGACAAGAUAUGAACAAUAAGGGUUUAGAAUUCUCACACUUUUACUCAAAACUUGCCGCAGUCCCAAAACCCUCGUAAUAACAAAACCUUCAAGUCCCAAAUCACUUUAGGGUUUAUCUUCCGAAGCCUCCAAAUCCCUCUGAACCCCAAAACGACUUCCAACGGGGAAGCUUUUGAAACCUGUGCAAACUGGGUUUUGAUGCAGGACACCUAGAGUAUUGGAGGAGGACUUCAUUAAGUUGAGCCUCAUCUGCAAUGUAUGGCCAAGCUAAUUAUGGUGCGCCGUUUGGCCAGGGUCAGCCACCUGCAAACCAACAGGGUCCGCCUCCACCUUCCCUUCAGUUCCAACAAGGCUCUCCAGCAGCACCACCGAAUGUAGUUCAGAUAGGUCAGCCGGGUCCUUAUUUAUAUCAGCACGGUUCUGUUGCCCCACCUCCCGCUGCUCCGUUCAGUGGGAUGCCAAAUACAGGUCAAUCUUACGGACACGCCAAUCCAACAGUCCAUGGAAGCACAUGGCAUAACGUGCAACAUGCUUCAGCAACAGGAAACCAGAAUUUCCAACCGAUUUAUCCACCAGCACUUGUGACUCCUCCUUACCCAAACAUGUCACAGGCUGCAAUACCACAUGGAGCAUUACCUCCUCCUCUCCCUUCGACUAAUGCUACUUCUGGUUGUGCUGCACAAGGACCAGCAUCGUAUAAAGCUUUGUCUCCAGCACAACCACAGGCCGGUCUUCAGCAUGAGGGCUCCCAUAAUUUUGAAGGUGGAAGUGAGUGUGAAGCAGGUUCUCUAGCUAGAGAUGGAGUAUCAUCAAAUGGAAGUGUGAUGUUGGAUUUUUCUUCACCUCCACCUAAGCCAUCAGAUGACAAAGUUGAUCAUAAGAUUGAUUCUUUCUGCCAGCUUACUGCUAUGAGUGAAGGGAAAAUUGAAUCACCAUUGAAGUCUUCGUGGAUUGACUCUUCAUCUCAACCUGACCAUUUUAUCGUCUCUUCAGGUUGUAGCUUGCCUGCUGAUUCUGACAUGGAGAUGGAAGAUGAUAUCACCUUGUCUGACGGAGAUCAGGAAGUUCAUGAUUCAUCUAACGCUCUAAACCACAAGUCUGAUGUCAGUCAUGGGGAGCUUGAUGUCAAAAAGCACCUACAUGGAGCACAGAGUUCACUAGGAUGGACUGCAGCCCAGGGUGUCUCAUGUGAAAAUGUGUCGUCCUCUUUGUCCCAAUGCCAAUUGAUGAUUGAAAAGGCGCCAUCUAGAGUUGAUAUUUAUUCAACUGAAGCUUUUGAAUCCCUUUUGGCAAGUGAGCGAGAUAAAACUUCUAUUCCCAUAGCUGAUGAUCAGAACACACUCGAUGCUUCUGCAGCGGCUGAGGCAAUAAAUUCAGACGGGUUUUCUAACCAGAUCACUGCAGUUAACAGUCCAUUUGGACUUCUACAAGACUAUACUUCUGAAAACAGCUCAGAAAAUGAUCCUCAUGCUUUCUUUGAAGAUGCUAAUGUUGUUAUAGCUUCAUCAUCAGUUACAGCUAGUGUUAAAAGUAGCCAUAAAGAUGCUGGGUCUCAAUUUGAGACAGGAUCUAAGAGCCCGUGCAUGACUGAUAAAAUGUCUAGUCUGCAAUAUGAAUCCAGGAGGUCCAAAUUUUCCUUGGAUACAAAAAAAGAGGUUAAGGGUACUGGUACAACAUUAAUCAUUGAGAGUCAUGAGGCCUUCCAGGGAAAAGAGGCGUUGAGUGGUGCUCCUGUUGAUAUAGUUUCCAAAAGGGAUGAGUCUCAGGAGGGGAAAAAGACCAAGUCUGAAUCUGUUCUGCCGAAGGUGGAUGAGUAUGGGAGAUUGGUCAGAGAAGGUUCCACUGACAGUAACUCUGAUGGUUCACGUUAUAAUAAGAGGCGUAAAAGAGGCAGAAGCAGAAGCCGCAGCCGCAGUCGCAGCCGUAUCCGGAGCCGCAGCCGCAGCCGCAGCCGCAGUUGUAGCCGGUCUCCUCUUGACAGCAGGAGGAGGAGGAGGAGUCCUCGGAGGAGAAGAGAGAAGCGAAACCGUUCUCCCAGUUGGUCUUCUAGGAAUCAUAGAAGCAGGAGCAGGUCUCCCACUUUUAGGCGUGCAGGUGAUUUCAGAGAUGAAAAUAAGAGACAGGACAGGCGCCACAUUCCAGAAUGCUUUGACUUCCAUAGAGGCAGAUGCUUCCGUGGAGCAUCCUGUCGGUAUAUGCACCGUGCACAUGACCAAAGUGAUGGUUCAUGGCGCCAUAGGAGCAACCAAAAGCAUCUAGAAGUUCAGCCUAGUGUGAAGAACUCUAGGAUUAAGGAAGAGAUUGAAGAUAGCUCUGACAUGAAUCCGCAUGGUGAAAUCAAAGGUCAAGAGAUGCAACAAUGUCAAGAUGUGGCCACAAAAGAUGGUCAAUUUAUUGAUCCUGAUAAAAAUGAUUGUGAGAGCUCUAGAGUGACAGCUGCUACAAUGCAACUGAAACAAAAUUUUCAAGUAAAGUCGGAAGGAACCAUCGGUCACAAUCCUGAAUCUCACCAGCCAUCCCCUCAGAUGUUGAGCUGUGCUGAUAAUAUGAAGUCGUGGGGUGAUACUUCUCAGGCUAUUGAACAAUCUCGAAGCAAUAAUUCUGCAGGACAGCUUCAGAAGGCUCAUUUUUCGUCUCAGCAGAUGGAAGCCUCUCUCAUAUCUGAUUCACCACCAGAUCGAGCAUCCAAGAUUUCUCCAAAUAAGGUUUCUAGUAUUGAACAUGCAACAGAUGCACUCUUAUCAACUCAUUCACGUCCCACUGAAUGUUCUAAUGCUCAACCACUUUCAUCAGGACAGUUUUUAUCACAGUAUAUGGCUCCUAAAGAGUCACCUCUUCCCAGUUUUUCUGCUGCAAAUAGUCCAUAUCCGUCACAGCUGCCUCCUCCUCCUCCUCCUCCUUCACUAUCACAAGGUACCAGUGUUGCUCAUGUGCCACAGGUGCAUAGGGACUACAACCAGAGGCCACCCUAUCCAGUUCAGUCCAUUCCUACAGGAAUGAUUCAUUCUUAUCAAGGUCCCUUACCCAACCAACCUGCCCAAUUCUCGGUGUCACAAGAUUCACCUUGGACAUCCUUGCCGCCGCCACCUCCACGACCACCGUAUGAUUCAUCUUUAAAUGCAGGAACUGCUGCACGAGGUGCUUCUUCACAAUUUCAGCAGAAUAACUUGGCUCCAAGGAGUGACUUCAGUUCUCAGAGUUCUAUGAGGCCUUACGGCUCUUACCCAACUGAAUCCCCUCAUUCUAAGGGUGACUUUCUGCAUCAGAUGUACCCUACAUUGUCAGAGCUUCCUCAUCCUCUACCGAACAGGGAAGAUUUCGGAUCAGGCAAUCCAUCAAAUCAACCUUUUGGGGGCCCUGGUCAUAUGAGAGAAGAUCGCUUUACACACGCUCCUGUGCAGGAUGUAAAUCCUUCACAUUCUUUUGCUCAGGGACACCUACACCCUCAACCUGCACCUUCUUCACAGGAGUUAACAAGGAUCAAAAUGCAAAAUUUCUCUGGUGACAAUUUUCCAUCUGGAGAACUUUUAAAUUCAUCAUCACAAAUUCAUCCUCAUUCACAUAACCAACAGCCAAGCUAUGGUGUGCAAUACUCUGUUGGUGAUAGUAUUUUGGGUGUGCCUGGGAAGACUGGUGUACAACACCCUGUAGGUGGAAGCAUUUUGGGUUUGCCUGGGAAAGAUGGCCCCAUGUCACGAUACCCUCCAGAUAUGCUGGACAGGAGUCAGUUUUCUCAAGUUCCUGAUUUUGGGGCAUCUAGAAUUCAAACACAUCAUAAUCCUUACGCAGCUACUUUUGAGCAGCCUCUAAGCUCCAAAUUCAGUUCUAACAUUCUCAUUCAAGAAAAGAAUGCACCCGGUGGUAACAUGUUUGAUACACCGGUCCAAGUCCCAGUUGAUGGGCAAGGUGUUGGCAGUGCUGGGUCAAGACAGACAACUUCCUCGCCGAGUUCUGCUAGAGCUGGUGGUCAGCUGUUGCCCAAGUCAGAUUGUGAGCAGUAUGAUCCACUUUUUGACAGCAUUGAGCCAUCAGGAAAUCCACUCAAUAAACAUGAUCACAGCCAAAAGCAUAUACCCACCAGUGAUUCGAAUAUGAUGGUGAGGCUCAGUGGUUCUUGUGAGCCAUUAGAUGUAGAAGAGAACAACAAACAUACAGAGGUUCGCCCUGUUUCUUCGGCUACAUCUCUGGAUAAUGACGGCUAUGGUGAGACAGCAGAUGCAGAAGUGGGUGUUGUUGAGGAUGAGAGUCUUAGUAAUGAUGAUGGUGCAGCAAACAUGGCUGUAGGAGAGAUGGAGAUUGAUCAGGUGAAAUCUGGAGGGAAGAGCAAGAAGAAAAAGGAUUCCAGAUCAACGAGACUUUUCAAGAGUGCUAUUGCAGAUUUUGUAAAGGAUCUUCUGAAGCCGUCAUGGCGGCAGGGUAAUAUGAGCAAAGAAGCUUUCAAGACCAUUGUCAAAAAGACUGUUGAUAAGGUUUCUGGAGCCAUGAAAAGCCACCAGAUACCCAAGUCCGAAGCAAAGAUAAAUCACUACAUUGACUCGUCUCAGCGGAAACUGACAAAGCUUGUGAUGGGUUAUGUUGAUAAGUAUGUCAAGGUGUAGACCUCUAUGAUUCGAUCAACCAGCAUGCAAUGGCAGAAAUUUUGAUGAGGCGUUACGUAGUUCCAGUUGGAACUCCUCCAUAUGCAUCCUGAGCUCGCGGAUUGAUUUGAUUUGUCUAAAAAGCUCUGCGGAUAAAUAGGGAAUUUGAACUCUUGUUGUUCAGAGAUGUCGGGUUUCUUGUAUAGUUGAUGAGUAAAAUGACUUCCUACAAUCCUACCUUGCUUUAAGGUACUGUGGCAGCUGCAGAAGAUGUAUGUUAAUGUCUCUCUGAAUCAUUAUUGUACAUUUCCGAUUUUGUAAAACGUAGACGUUCAUAAAAUGGACACAGUUUAUUAAUAUUACAGAUCAAUUUCAAAUUGAAA